UCAUUUAGUUUUUGAAAAGAAAUAAAAGUCACCGUUCCCGAAUCAAAAUUUGUUUUAAAAUUUUAAAGCCAUCGCAAAAGCGUGAAGACAACGUGUGAAAGUGCGGUUCAGUGAAAAGUGCACAGCGCAUUUGAAAACCAAUCAGAUUCUCAAUCGCUAAAGCGAUACCCAUAUGAUAUAAUCGCCAAAAACCCUAUUCAAGUACAACGCGAUCUAUAGACUACGACUACUGAGAGAGGAGAGGCAGCAGAAGGACAAUAGUCUGGAUUCUAGAAUCUGGAUUGAAACACUCGAACUCAAACACAGCAAAUUCAAAAAAAGGAGCCACAUUCAGAAGCUGUCAAGCACCUUCACUUCAAGUUUCAAAAAGAGCAGUCGAAGCGAAAGCAUUUUCAUACAUUUUCAUUGGGCAUUUUGUGAGGAAAUCAACAACUUCACAUAUAAAGGAAACAAUACCAUUUCGGUUAUAGCCAAGAAUUGGGCACAGUAAAUCGAAAAGAAAAUUUUACAAAUUAACACCAAAAGUGCAAGUCAUCAACACACGCUCAUUUUGCAGAAAAGAAAAGUGAGUUUACGAAUAGAACAAGUUGAGCUACUAGCUACCAGCUACCAGCUACCUCAGCUACACUACAGAAGUGAACUAGUGCCCAUAGCUGAUAGCUCGCUCCAUAGCUCCGCCGAGGAUCAAGUCCCAGUCUCCGGUCAAGCGCAAUCUCAGGGUCCUCAGAGUCCCUGACAAGCAGCACCAACGGCGUCCCAGACGAUUGUCUUAUCCAGCCCGGACAACGCAGCCGCGGCUCGCAAAACCGAGACCAUGGCAGAGGUGCUCAAUCUGGAGAGCAUCAUUGCCCGCCUGCUGGAGGUGCGUGGCGCCAGGCCCGGCAAGAAUGUGCAGCUGUCGGAGGGCGAGAUCCGUGGACUGUGCCUCAAGUCGCGCGAGAUACUGCUGGCUCAGCCCAUACUCCUCGAGCUGGAGGCGCCGCUCAAGAUCUGCGGCGAUAUCCAUGGCCAGUACUAUGAUCUGUUGCGUCUAUUCGAAUACGGCGGCUAUCCGCCGGAGGCCAACUAUCUAUUCUUGGGCGACUACGUGGACAGGGGCAAGCAGUCGCUGGAGACCAUCUGCCUGCUGUUGGCCUACAAGAUCAAGUAUUCGGAGAACUUCUUUCUGCUGCGCGGCAAUCACGAGUGCGCCAGCAUUAAUCGAAUCUAUGGAUUCUACGAUGAGUGCAAGCGCAGAUAUACCAUCAAGUUGUGGAAGACAUUUACCGAUUGUUUCAACUGUCUGCCCGUGGUGGCCAUUGUGGAUGAGAAGAUCUUUUGCUGCCACGGCGGACUGAGUCCGGAUCUCACUUCGAUGGAGCAGAUCCGCAGGAUUAUGCGACCCACCGAUGUGCCCGAUCAGGGACUGCUAUGCGAUCUGCUCUGGUCCGAUCCGGACAAGGAUACCAUUGGUUGGGGCGAGAACGACCGUGGCGUCAGCUUCACCUUUGGCGCCGAGGUGGUCGUCAAGUUUCUACAGAAGCACGAUCUCGAUCUGAUCUGUCGUGCCCACCAGGUCGUCGAGGAUGGUUACGAGUUCUUUGCCAAGCGCCAGUUGGUCACCCUCUUCUCCGCCCCCAACUAUUGCGGUGAAUUCGACAAUGCCGGCGCCAUGAUGUCCGUGGACAAUACCCUCAUGUGCUCCUUCCAAAUCCUCAAGCCCGUCGAGAAGCGCAAGAAGUAGAAGCUACCAGGAUCUGUGGACCUCUUCCAGAUCUUUAAUUUUACACCAUAACACUAGCAAUCGCAUAUACCACUCCCAUUCACAUUUUAUCACAAAAUCCUACACGAAAUCGGUUCGAAAUCAUACUUUCCAGACCCAUCCCUCACUCUUCAAUCGGAUCAAAGAAAUGGCCCAGCUCCAGCGUAUAUCUCCAAGAAUCCACACUGUGAUAUUAAACAAAUCUAAUCAAAUGCGGUUUUUUUUUUUAAGAGAAUCAAUACUGAGUUAAUGGAAAGUAAUGCUUUUAACUAUUACAAAUAUAAAUUCCA